AUGGAGGACGCCGGAACCCUACCAACCCCGCCGGACCGCCCAUUCUCGAUCUUCUCCAAUGGCGGCACCGCCAGGAAAAAGGGCCGGAACAACGCUACUCCGCUGCUGCCGCCGCCGCCGCCUUCGCUUCUCCCUCCGCCGCCGCCGCACGGCGUCUCCGGCGAGGCGUCGACCUUCGCCGACCUCGGCCUCUCCAACUGGGCCGUCGCCACCUGCAAGGAGCUCCAGAUGAAGCGUCCCACCCCUGUGCAGCGCCACUGCAUCCCCCGCAUCCUCGCCGGCGACGACGUGUUGGGCCUGGCCGAGACGGGCAGCGGCAAGACGGCGGCUUUUGCUCUCCCCAUCCUCCAGCGGCUCGCCGAGGAGCGGUACGGCGUGUUCGCGCUGGUCGUCACGCCCACCCGCGAGCUGGCCUACCAGCUCGCCAUGCAGUUUCGGGCUCUGGGUUCUUCCCUGGAGGUGAAAUGCGCCGUCGUCGUUGGAGGGAUGGAUAUGCUCACGCAGGCGAAGACGUUGAUGCAGAGGCCGCACAUCGUCAUCGCCACUCCGGGGAGGAUACGGUUUCUCCUCUCGGAGGACUCUGAUAUUCCGCGCUUGUUCUCGAAUACCAAGGUACCCUUGCUUCAUUUUCCUCCCCCUUUUUUCAUCCAUCAUUGGCGCCAAGAUUUUUUUUUUUUAUUGCAAGAAGAAAUCUAGGGUGGGCAUCUGGGUCAAUCCCCAUCAGAUGAAUUUUUUUCUUCUCACGACAGAAAAAAGUAAAAAUAAUUGAGAUUAGGGUGUUGACCUUCAGAAACAUCUUCUGUUCUUCUUCUCCUUCAGUUCUUCUAAACCCGUGACGGACCCGUACUCUCUGAACGCCUUGAAUUCACCCUACGGCUCAGGCAUGAUCUCGCUCAUUUGAGUGGAAUCGGAAGGAGAAGGGAGAGUUCUAAUUGACUCGCCCUAUGAUUCCACCAUCCUUUUCAGAGAUUUUCCAAGUUUUUUGGACAAAUGUCUGGACUAUGUUGAAUCGGUGCCGCGUUUUUGUAGAUGGGUUUAGGCUCUGUUAGUAGAUCUGCUAUCGAGGUAUUCAAGGGUGUACCCAUCUGCAUGGGAGAGGACCCAUCAAAUGAAAAUCAAGGGUUCAGGAUAUUUUAGAUUCUAGAGAAAAGGUGUGGGCAGACCUCAGAGAAGAUCUAUGAAAUUAAUGACUCCUCAGGUGGUCACAUACGCUUUAUUUAUUCAAAAUUUUCCUUACUUUAACUGCUGUGUUUGAUAGAAAAAAUGCCAUAUAAAAAUAGAUUAAUGCUAGAUUUCAUGUUUUUCUUCCUUCUUUUUCGUGAAGAUUAAAACCUAUUUUUAAUUUCUUUCUUCAGUCAAUAAAUUAUAAAAUUAAACUCUUUUCUUAAAACUCCAAGCAUUGAUAGAAUCAUUGCUGUAUCAUCAGGUGCUACUCUGGCCCAGCAUUAAAUCUAGCACUCUGUUCCUUGCUGAUCAUGCAUUGAACAUUUUAUGGGCAUUUGAUUACUUAUCCUUUUUUAAAUUAUUUCCAAUACUUUAUUUUAAAUUGAAAUCCCUUUUUUGAUACAUUGGCUGAGUGUUGACCUUCUCUGUUAAUUUCUCCUGACAAAUUUAUCCUUUUUGUGUGCAUGCCAGUUUCUUGUUCUUGAUGAAGCAGAUAGAGUUCUGGAUGUUGGAUUUGAGGAGGAAUUAAGGGUGAUAUUCCAAUGUGUGCCCAAGAAUCGGCAAACUCUUUUGUUUUCCGCAACCAUGACAGAGAACCUGCGAGCUCUACAUGAGCUUUCUGCUAAUAGGUCAUACUUUUAUGAAGCAUAUGAGGGUUUCAAGACAGUUGAGACCCUUAAGCAGCAAUAUAUUUUUCUUCCUGAGCAUGUGAAAGACGUCUAUCUCUUGCAUAUCUUGUCAAAGAUGGAAGACUUGUCUAUCCGUUCAGCAAUGAUAUUUGUUUCUACCUGCAGGUAUUAAUGUCAAUCUUGAACCGAAUAUUUUCAAUGCACCUCAUGGUUCACUUUGAUUAUUGCCAUGGUCAAAUGCCUAGUUUUAUCUGCAUCUACCUCCUGCCUCCUCAACUUUCACAUUCUUGACUUUUCUCCAUUCCUAAGAUAGAAUCCAUGUUUUGUUGUAUAAUCUCAUUGAAUGGGGAAAGUAUGAUAAGCCUAAUCACAGGUGGGUUCAUCUUGAGAGUUGGAUUCAUCUGGUUUGAUGCGCAAAUAUGUUUUAAACUAAACGAGGGUGUAACUUAUACACAUUUUUAUAAAAGUUUGGUUUUGGUUAAUUAUCCCUUAAUAUGGAGAGGAUAGAAAGUAUGAGCUGACUUGAAACCCGUUGACCAUGCAGAUGAGACCAUGAGUUGACCAGCAUGCUCCCGCUCCCUCUGUUCUAACAGUGGUUUAAACUCACCAUUGUCUUCGCCCAAUCAGGACUUGUCAUCUUUUGGACAUACUACUCGAAGAGCUUGGUCAAUCUGCAGUGUCCCUACACUCCCACAAGUCUCAGUCUCUCAGGCUCGCUGCACUCAACCGAUUCAAGUCGCGCCAAGUUCCUGUCUUGUUGGCGACCGAUGUAGCCAGCCGGGGUUUGGACAUCCCAACAGUGGAUCUGGUGAUAAACUAUGAUAUCCCGCGGUAUGUUUCUAUAUAUCUAAUCAUCUGCCUCUCAAGAACUCUGUUUGUGGUGAGAAGAACGUUUUUCAUUAAACCAUGGGUAUGAAAUUGUGUCAGCUACCCGCGUGAUUAUGUUCACCGUGUGGGACGGACGGCAAGGGCUGGCAGAGAAGGGGUUUCACUGAGCUUCAUCACUCCGGUAUGCUUGCUAAAUAUGGUUUCUUUUCUGUGAAUUAUUUUCUAUAAUUAGUUGAUUAUUUUGGCAUUUGGUGUUGAGAAUAACCCAAGAAGGGGAAAAAAUAAGAACAUAGGAAGAGUAGGAAGGAAGGAAGAAAGAAAGAAAGAAAGAAAGAAAGAAAGAAAGAAGGGGGGGGGGGUCUCUCAGGAGGUCAGCCAUGCCUUAUUAGCCAUGCUCAGCCUAAGUGAAAAACUGCAAAUAUACCAGCUAUUGAUAGAUAUUUUUCUUCAAAAGGGAAUAUAAUUUAAGCCAUGACACUUGAUGGGUAUUUUUCUUUUACUGCUAAAAUAUGAGUAUUUUUUUCUGAAUUAAGAAUUUGUUAGUUGCUUGCUAGAAGAGGAUGGAAAAGAAUCACAUCUGUGUAUUACUUAAAAUCCCCUCCAGGUCUUUCCAGUUCUUGAGCACAGUUCUUGACUGACUUUGGCAGCAUGGUAUAUAUGUGCAUGUUGAUUUAUAAUGUUCUUUUAUUUUCUUGUUUUGUUUGUCAGAGUGAUGUGGCCCUUAUUCAUGAAAUAGAGGCUACGAUAGGGGAAAAGCUUGUUGCUUUUGAAUGCAAAGAGAACGAGGUUCUUGAGGACAUCACAAAGGUUAUAUAUCUUCACAACACAAUUCACUGCAUCUUUACUAAAAUCAAUAUCAUGCAUAGUGAUAUUUUCCUAUUAUAGCUGAAAAUUUGGAUUUUUGUAUGCAUAUUAUUUCCUCCAAUCUUUUGGGAUUGAGAGAUCAAAUCAUGUUCAAAGACCCUCCACCUAGAUGCUACUGUUUAUUUGAGUAGUUUGUGGAAGUGGGCACCAGGAGAGCGCAGGCUAUAGGAUCUACAUCUAGGUCUAGGGUUUAUAAGUUAAUGUGGCCAUUAAAGCACUGAGAUGGGACGAUUAAAACUUUAAAUGCUUCCAUUCUCUGUGAGCGGUCUUCUUCUUCUUGCAGUAAGUCGAUGCUUGAUGCUUUCUAUAACUAUCACAGAAAGCCUUUAGAUUGACAUUUGAUGGAGAUGAUCAUCUUCAGGUGUACAAAGCGAGGCGUGUUGCAAGGAUGAAGAUGGUGGACGAUGGCUUUGAAGAGAGAGCCAAGGUGAGGAAAUCCCAGAAGCUGAGGGUGUUGGAAGAAAAGGGUCUGCUAAAGAAGAGGAAGCAUGAGAAGAAAAUGCAAGGAUCUUAA